UGAAUAUUCAAACUAGCCUUGAUAUUAAAUAAUUGUAAGUUUUCCUGUUAGUAUCAUAGUCGUGGACGCAUCUCGUAAGGAAGCUCGUGUUCAUGAUGCGUUCUGUGUUUUUAUUUAUAUUUUUAUCAAACAUGGCUGAUUGCCAACAGUUCAGAUCUGACUACAAUUACCACUAUGAGAGUAACGGUUGGCUCAAACUGCAUCGUAUUCCUGCUACGUUUCACGACGCCUGGCUGAGAUGCGAUUUGGAAGGUGCUGUUCUGGCUUCACCUAGUAACGUAUUCAUAGAGUCGGCAAUCCGGAAAGAGAUGAAAAACUGCAACGUGGCCACCAGCGGCAUCCUUACAGGGAUUCACGCCACAUUCUCUAAAGGCGACUUCUUUUCAAUAGAAGGAAUACCUUUAAGGAACAUGCCGGUGGAGUGGAUGCCAGUUGAACCUGACAAUAAAAAUAACGAAGAGGAUUGUGUUCUGUACAUAGCCAAUGGGACCAUUGCCGACAUCACCUGCUCUGAGCUUCACCCGUACAUCUGUUACAAGGAGAACAACAAAAACGUUGUCGUAAAUGGAUGCGGAACUGUUGACAGGGAAUACAAUUUGGACACAAGAACAGGAAAAUGUUAUAAAUUUCACAAAGUGGCCAGGAACUGGACACGAGCCUUCAUGACCUGUGCCGCUGAGGGCGGACAUCUUGCUAUCAUUAACAGUGAGACGGAGGCUGCAGUACUGCAAGAACUGUUCGCGAGACACCCUCAAAACACCAUCAAGUCCAAUCUUCGUCCAAUAAUGAGGGACAUUAUACAUGUUGGCUUCCACGAUUGGGCCGAAAGGGGAAUUUGGACUACCAUCCAUGGUCAGUCCCUAGUCGAAGCUGGUUUCGACCUCUGGUCGGAGAAUCAACCGGAUAAUGCGGGACCUGGAGAAUACUGCGGUGGGAUGUUCAGACACGGGAGGCUGGACGAUGUGUGGUGUAACGAGAGGGGACCCUUCGUGUGUGAAAAAAGGCCGGAGAGUCUGCAGGAAGAACCUGAUAUAUACAAAGAACUCCUCGGAAAAGAAUAAAUACAUACAUGCUGUAUAGAAACAUCAAUACUCAAAUUUCUAGAAACAAAAAAGGCCAAAUAAUAAAAAAUAUAUAUUAAUAUACAUUA